AUGGCCAAUAGUCGAGGAGAACAGAGGUCUGCCCAGAGGACAAGUUUGCGCCUGAAUUUAACACCCUGCGAAUGGAACAGGGAGUUUGCGACUCGUCGACCGGAUCUUGAUUACAGCCGCGAAAACAUACCCUACAUCGUGACUCAAGGACUGAAUGAGAAUGUCGUCCGCACCUUCAUGCUAGACCCUGACGAAUCAGACGUCUGCUCACCCCAGGCGGAUAUGGUUGAGGCUUACUGCAUUGGUGCAAGUCUGGAAGCUCUCGGAGCAGAUGAGGGAGAAGCGAACGAGCGGUUUGUUGCGUAUUUGGAUGAAAGGGAGUUCGAGGAAGGAGGGGGGCCGGGGCGUCAAAGACCUUAUCAAGGACCAUUGACUGCAGGCAAGCUUUAUAGAGAGCUGAAGAAACCACGCUUCCGCUGUGGUGAUUCCAGCCCUCCCCUCAGUUACGACACUACAGUUAACGUCAAACCGGGGGUAAUCGUUAGUCCGGGGAAUCUAACAGAGUCCGCCCCGAGUGAAAAUCAAAAACAGAAAGGAGUAAGCGAAAGGGGAGAAGAAGAGGUGCCAGACGCCGACCGCCGAUUCAUCACUGCUUUAGAUCGUUGGAGCAUCUAUUCUCUCCUAGGGACAUCAUCGGACUGGCAAACCCCAAGCCUUCGCACUGCUAUUUACAACCACCUCGGGUUUGAGAACUUUAUUGGGGUAACCUUUCCGCCCAAAGGGAUAGCGAUAUUUCAACUAGCAUUUCACUUGCCAUACUAUGUAUGGAGAGAAUCCCCGAAGACACGCGAGGAUCAUCGCCGAGAUGCUAAUGGACGCCCCUUGCGGCAAUCCCGCGACGUUUCCUUCCUUGAUUGGACAAGCAGCGGCCCGUCUAGUUUUCUCUACGAGGCUCAAAUUUCCAGUCUAGUUGUCGGAACGGACGAGACUAGGUGGACUGCGUAUGGCUUUGUCGAUAACUACUUCGACGUUGACGGAGAAGGGAAGGAAACCGUUACGUCUUACCAUGAAGAUAGUCUGGAUGUGGAAGGAGGCAUGCUCAUGGACCCUUUGGCAUUGGGCACUUCCGCUGCAGAUACGCCAAUUUGGAACCCCAAAGGUUAUUUUCUGAUGGUAUUUCGUGUUCGUCUGAAUCAGGUCAAGUGUGAGUGGCAGAAAUUGGUCAGAAAAAUUAAAGAAAGUAUCCGUGAAUAUGCGCCCGACUAUUCGCUCUCCCUCUCUGGAGAGCGACCCUCUUCCAAAGAAGCCUUGAAGCACGAUGACAAGGUUCGAAGGUCUCGUAAUUGGAUCGUACAAGUCAGAAUGCUCUCUAAGCAACUCUCAAUGGAGCUAUCUAAAACCGUCAAUGCUUGUGAAAAGUUUUGUCUUCAAGAUGCUAUCUAUUUCCAAGAUCAGACCAAGCCAGUCAACGGAUAUCGGUCCAUUCCCGCAAUCCAAAUCAUCUUAGGUGAACUAGAAUCGCAGAAGAUGGCUCUUGAGUGUUUGGCGGAACAGUGUGAUUAUUUUACCAGAGAGCUUGAAACCCAACUCAGCCUUGAAAACAACCAAGUAGGUAUCCUCCAGCAAAAGAUCACCCAGGACAACAAAUGGCUAUCAGUGAUUAUGAUGUCUUCUCUCCCAGUAGCAUUGACCGCAGGGAUAUUCUCCAUGGAUCGAAAUGUCAUACCCUUCCUACCUGCGAGCUUCGGAUCUUUUAUAGGCUUGAUCAUCGUAUUCAGCAUUCUGGGGAUUGUGAUUGUCAUUCACUUUGUCCCCUCAUACCACACUCGAUGCUGGCAAAUUGCUGGAGGUCUGGCCUGGCCCAAGCUGUGGGAGAAAAAGACGAAGUUUUCGGGGAUCGCAUUGUUACGGUUCAGCAGGUAUUGGCUUUUCGGUUUCCCUACAACGCCGAGUGACGAAGAGAGGCCUCUGGAGGAGCAGACACCUGGCUAA